AUGGAGAACCACCAACGGAUCUUGACUGGUCCGUUCGAGCCUGGAAGGCGCCCCCCGCCACCACCUCCUGCAACAGGAGGUCCGCGAGAAAAUAUUAGAUUGAAGAGUACGGAAAGGCGACCCCCGCCAAUUGUGAUUCCGCCAGCUUUGCAUAUAUCUCCUCCACAAGGCGAAACUGAUUUAGAGGACGAUAGUAAUAAGUCUGAUAAGCUUGAGUCUCCCAUGGCAAGGCUCUUUAAAACGCAUAUAGUAGGUAAAGCCUCGAAACGAAGGCCGAAAUUAUCACUAAGAACCACUUCCUUUAACAGUUCCAGGUCGAAUGAUGAUGAUAACUUGAAGACCGGGAAGUCUGCAGUGAGCCAAAAUAUAUUUGGAGACGCCUCUGGAUUGUCAACGGCAUCACCUAACCGGAAAAGGGGUAGAUCGUUGAGAAAACCAAGUGCCUCCACUAGUAAAGAUUCCAAAUCCAGGUCAAGAUCAAGAUCUGUAAGCAUCGGGAGCACUGAUAGAGCGCCAAGGUCGGCAAAAGUUUUAUCUCUUAUCGCAGCUGACGAUAUGGACGAGUUCCAAGAUAUUCAAAACGAGUUCCGGAAUGUAACCGAUGAAAAGGGACUUAAAUGGUUACCAUCUCUGAAUAAACAAGACGAUGAAGAGGAGGAUCAAGAAACGGAGACUGGACGCUUUUUUACUGAACAGGAGGACAGGUACUUUCUGUAUCCCACCACACCGGGUAUAGCAUCGAAUAAAGACACAUUUUUCAGGAAUCCAAUCAAGGCCCAACCGGAAAAUAAUGUGCUGGAAACAAACUCAGAAUGGAAUGAGCAAUGGGAAGGUAUGUCCUCAAUCAAUAAUAAUUUGAAAUCUGUAUUCGAUGAUGAUGAUUUACACACAAAGAAUGAUGAUGUAAUGGAAUCCACUUUGUCAAUCGCAUUACCUGACUUUGAUGAGCCAGUUAAAAAAGCCAGGGAGCCCUUGAAACUUUACGGUAAUUCGUUGGGGGUAAUCCCCCCAGACAACAGAAUAAGGCUUGUUCUAGCGGAACUCCACGAACGUAGUUGGUUCAAAACACUAUACCUUUUUUUACUUACAUUCUUCACGGUACUUUUGGCAUACAGGACCUAUAACCCUAAAAAUGUUGAUUUUUUGUACAGAUUUAACAACUGGUCCGAUUAUAUCAACUUCAUUCUCUUCAUACUUUUCACUAUAAACGAUGUGACAAAAAUAGUUGCAUUUGGGUUUUGGGAUGAUUCAGAUAUGUUUGCUGCAUACGGGAAGGAAUACAGAUCUUUGCUUGAAAGAUUCGGCAUUGUUAAACUUUACGAGUCACUCACUAGAAAAUAUGGCGCAACAUUAAUCGAUUCCAUCCUGCCCUUUAAAAUACACACUGCCGUAGAAAGGAAACACUUGCAGGAAACAAUGAGGAAUAGAGUUGCUGAUCAGAAAACCCCUGGGGAUAAAAAGGAUAGGUUUCAAAUACCCCGAGCGUUUGCACGUUCAUCAUGGAACAGAAUUGACCUGGUAUCCACAAGUUGCUUUUGGAUAGGCAUGUUUGUAUCUAUUAAAAACUAUGAUAAGAGGGUUGGGAUACGAAUCUUCAAACCUCUGGCUGUCCUGCGAAUAUUAAGAUUGGUCAACACGGAUACCGGUAUAUCAUCUAUUCUAAGAGCCCUAAAGUACGGUAUCCCACAACUGAUUAAUGUUGGGUCCAUGAUGGUGUAUUUUUGGGUAUUCUUCGGCAUUCUUGGAGUGCAAAUAUUUCAAGGUUCAUUGAGACGACAUUGUGUUUGGGUCAAUCCAAGCGACCCUGCAGAUCGGUACCAAUACAACAUGCAAUUUUGUGGAGGCCACUUGGAACCGGAAACUAAGCAACGAAUGAACUACGUAUUUGAGGACGGUUCGAAUGGACCAGUCUCCAAAGGAUUUCUGUGUCCUCCAUAUUCCAAAUGCAUAUCCAAUUCUAACCCAUAUAAUGGAAGAGUUAGUUUCGACAAUAUCGUCAACUCCAUGGAAUUGGUGUUCGUGAUUAUGAGUGCUAACACUUUUACUGACUUGAUGUAUUACACGAUGGACUCAGAUGAAAUGGCAGCAUGUCUGUUCUUUAUCUUCUGUAUCUUUGUGUUGACUAUAUGGAUGAUGAAUUUACUCAUCGCAGUUCUGGUUUCCUCAUAUGACUUGGCGCACGAAAAAUAUAAGAAGAAGAAGUUAGAGAGACGUGAUGAUGAAACAUGGGUUGUUCGCUUAGCUAGAGGAUAUUGGAAGUAUUUCAAAGUCAAGGCAUCUUCUACGGACUUUCCCGUAUGGGCAUCGAAAGGUAUAUUCUGGUACGAGAAUUUUGAGUGGAUUUUUGUUGUCCUGAUAAUAACUGACCUGGUAAUGCGUGCCUGUUUAAGUGACCAAAGCAGCGAACAUGAUAUUUAUAGGCUCUACAUGACGGACAGGGGGAUAUCUAUUGUACUUUUCUUGGAAACUCUACUGAGAAUGGUGCUAUACAUCCCAAACCCUUGGAGGUUUUUAUUGAAAGCAAAUUACAUUAUUGACCUGGUCAUCUCUUUUAUUACUCUCAUUGUCAGUUCUUUGGCGGUAAAAGGGAAGCUGGGUCAUUCGUAUUAUUGGUUGUCUUUGUUUCAGAUUUUCAGAUUCUAUCGCGUCGUUCUUUCCAUAUCGCUAGCCAGACAACUUUGGCAAGUAGUUUUAAAAAAUGGUAUGAUGAUUUGGAAUCUUACCUCCUUCUACUUUUUUUUCACAUUUUUGGUCGCUAUUAUCCUUUCGCUCUUUUUUGAAGGUGUAGUAGAUCCUAAUGAGAUGUCUGAUGAAGCGUUUGCGAUGUAUUCGUUACCAAAUUCAUUCCUUUCUCUUUUCAUCAUCGGUUCUACAGAAAAUUGGACAAGCAUACUUUACACCUUGCAGCAAUACUCUCCCAACGUAUCGUCAGCAUUUUUCUGUUCGGUUUUGCUUAUUAUUUGGUUUAUUCUUUCCAAUUCGGUUAUGUUGAACAUUUUCAUUGCGUUAAUAUCGGGAAGUAUGGAGAUAGAAGAGAGUGAAAAACGUCCUUUGCAGAUUAAGCAUUAUUUGAAGUAUGUUUACCCUCAGAAAAUCCAAGAAUACACCCAUGCGUCAUUGAUACAACGUAUUAGGAAAAAGAUAUUUGGGAGGGGAGAGGUAGAAGACUCCAGAGACUUCAAGCAAUUUUUAAUCAGAGGUACGGCGAUUAUGAAUAUUGCACAUAACAUGGAUGAUUUAGCCAAGGAAAUCAAUGAAAAUUCUUCGGAAAAGGAAAGCAAGCAGAAAGUGGUCCUUCACUGGAUAAAUAAGGUUUUCAAGUUCCCUGUAUUGUUGAAACGGUUGAGAUUUUUUAAAAAUAAUCCGUUUUAUCGCAAACCGGAAGUUGUAUUCACCGAAAUGAAUGGCAUAGAUGGAAAAACGUAUAUUCUUCAAUUGAAUGAGUUUGAGGACGAGAAGUUAGAGUACUUAAAGAGCCACCCCUCGUUCAAUUACUCAUACUAUAUUUUUCCCCCCCGACACAGGUUUAGACGAUUUUGCCAGAGACUAGUACCCCCAAGUUUCGGGAAAAGAACGGAUGGUGUCCGUUUCUUUGAGGAUGAUACGGACAUGUACACCAAGAGACGAUAUUUCAGUAAGAUUGAAAGAGAUCUCUUUGUUUUCACUUAUGCAAUUGUGACUGUCCUCUUGGUCAUCGUUUCUUGCUUUGUCACACCUCUCUACAGGAAAAAAAACCAUAUAAGAAAACAUGAUUGGCCGCUUUACAUUGAUUGUGCGUUCAUCGUUUUAUUCUCCUUGGAAUUUAUUGUUAAGACUGUCGCUGAUGGAUGGGUCUAUUCACCUAAUGCUUACACAAAGAACCCGUGGAAUCUUGUCGAUUUUUCGGUUUUGAUGUACAUGUGGAUUUACCUGAUAGCAUACUUAAAAAAUGACGGUAACCUUUCAAGAAUCUUCAAGGGGCUUUCAGCGCUGAGAGCUUUGAGAUGCUUAACUAUCAGCAAUACUGCUAGACAAACUUUUACCAUGGUUUUAUUUAAAGGAAUGAAGAAAAUAACCGAGGCAGGUGUUAUUUCCUUUACCUUGUUAUUCCCCUUUACAAUCUGGGGGCUGGGACUAUUCAGAGGUAGAUUAGGAACAUGUAACGAUGGGUCACUUGAUCGUGCGCAUUGUUUUGAUGAAUACACGAACCAAGUCUUCAAGUGGGAUGUUAUGAUGCCUAGAACCUACUCUCAGCCAAACCUUUAUUUUGAUUCUUUUCCUAGCUCGUUAAGAUCCCUUUUCGAAAUUAUAUCCUUGGAAGGUUGGGUUGAUCUACUAACUAAUCUGAUGAACAGUACUGGUGUUGGGACUGCAACUUCAACUCUAGGCGACCCGAAGAACGCAAUUUUUAUGAUCUUUUUCAAUUUCUUAAGCAUGGUUUUCAUUUUGAAUUUGUUUGUUUCAUUCAUCGUUAGCAACUAUGCCAAAACUACGGGAAGUGCCUACUAUACUGCAGAAGAAAAAGCUUGGUUAGAGUCCUUGAAGCUGCUUUCACAAACAAAACCACUGGCGCAGCCUAAUUUGUUUGAAUUAUCAAAAUCAAGAUUAUUUUUCUAUCACUUGGCCGUUGAGAAGAAAAACUUCUACUAUGCAACAUUCCUUCAAAUUGUCCUUUACAUGCACAUAGUUGUCUUGUUGAGUAUUUCAUACUCUCACUCGACUGCACUUGUUACUUUUUCUGAGGUCUUUUUUAUGGUGUCAACGAGUAUCUUUCUACUGCAAGAGUUGUUUCAGAUGUAUGGUGAAGGGAUCUACCUUUAUAGUUCCCAUUUGUGGAACACGCUAAGAUUUCUUAUUCUUACUGUCUCCUUUAUCCUAACCAUUACUGGUUUCCACGUCCACCCUAAUCACGUUUGGUUCCAUAAUCUAAAGGAUUUUUUCCAUCUUAUCAUGUUUUUGUACGUCAUCCCCCAGAGCGACAUGUUAACUGAAUUAUUACAAACCGCCACUGCCAGUUUACCCCCCAUUCUGUCCUUAACAUAUACCUGGGCCAUUCUAUUUUUGGUGUAUGCGAUGGCCUUGAACCAAAUUUUUGGUUUAACUAGACUUGGUUCUAAUACAACGGACAACCUUAACUUUAGAACUAUCGUAAAAAGUCUGAUCGUUCUAUUCAGAUGUAGUUUCGGUGAAGGUUGGAACUAUAUUAUGGAUGACUUGACUGUCGCUGAACCGUUUUGUACGACCGAUCCCACGACAGGUUAUAGUGACUGUGGCUCCCGGAUAUACGCCUACCUACUACUGAUGUCAUGGAAUGUUCUGUCGAUGUACAUUUUCAUGAACAUGUUUAUCUCUUUGGUCAUCGGAAAUUUCAGUUACGUGUAUCGAAGCGGUGGGUCUCACUCUCCCGUCAAUAGGACUGAAAUUAAGAAAUACGUCGAAGCCUGGGUUAAAUACGAUCCGGAUGGCACUGGUGAAUUAGAAUUCUCGUUAUUGCCAAAAUUGAUGCAUUCAUUUGAUGGAACUUUUUCGUUCAAAGUUUGGGAGGGCUCACUAACGAUUAGCAACCUUGUCAAACAUUAUAUGACAGUGAAUCCGGACGACCCCUAUGAUGUUAAAGUAGAUUUGAAAGGUUUAAACCUAAAAUUGAAUACCAUUAAUAAAGCAAAAAUUCUUCACAGACGGUUGCAGUACAGAAGAUUUGUUCAAGAAACACGAUACACAAAUUCAUAUGAGGGUGCGAUUAAAUUUAGCAGACUGUUGUGUCUCGUCCCAUUGUACACAACGUAUAAUCCACGUGAGUGUCUUGGUAUUGACCAAUAUGUUCGGCAUUUGUACAAUAUGAACAAGGUGGACAAAUAUUUGGAUAAUCAGAGAAAUGUUGACGUUCUAGAUAUGGUUGUGACAAGAUGGAAAUAUCAUCUAAAGAAAAAGUAUUUUCAUCUCAAGAUUAAAGAUGGGGAUUUUAUGGGAGAUGAUGAUUUUGCAAAUUCAACAUUGGACAGAAGAGAUUCUACCGAUAAUCUUCCGAUAGAAACCCCUAGAAUGGACUUUGGUGUUGAUAACUUUAUGUGGUCACCAGAUAUGAGUAGAGUUGACCAGGAGAGUCCAGAUUUGAUCCAACAGUUGAGUUGGGUUGAUGACAAAAAGGAUAAGGAAGACUCGAAAGAAAAUACCUGA